ACACCUCUCCUGGGCGGGAAAGGAGAACACUGUCAAAAGGUCCACGCUGUUCCAGUGCCCACGGUCAGAGUUAGAACGUUUCUGUCAAGCCUUGGGGAGAGCCUUGCAGUUGGGGAAGGGAGGAAAGACUCAGAGAUCACGAAGAAAGAUCUCAUUUUGGGUAGUGUUGACUUUUUGUCAUCUUAACUGAGGGAGUGGCAGCUUUGCUUGAGCCUCCUUAAACCCUGAGCCAUGUCACCCCCAACUGUGCCCCCGAUGGGUGUAGAUGGCGUCUCCGCAUACCUGAUGAAGAAAAGGCACACCCACAGGAAGCAGCGGCGCAAGCCCACUUUCCUCACGCGUAGGAACAUCGUGGGAUGCCGCAUUCAACACGGCUGGAAGGAAGGCAAUGAGCCCGUGGAGCAGUGGAAGGGCACUGUGCUUGAGCAGGUUUCCGUGAAGCCCACUCUCUACAUCAUCAAAUAUGAUGGCAAAGAUAGUGUGUAUGGGCUAGAGCUGCACCUAGAUAAGAGAGUUUUAGCGUUAGAAAUCCUUCCUGAAAGAGUGCCAACUCCUCACAUUGAUUCGCGCCUGGCGGAUUCCCUGAUUGGCAAAGCAGUGGGGCAUGUGUUCGAGGGUGAGCAUGGUACGAAAGAUGAAUGGAAGGGCAUGGUUUUGGCGCGAGCCCCUGUGAUGGACACUUGGUUUUACAUAACUUAUGAGAAAGAUCCUGUCCUUUAUAUGUACACGCUGCUGGAUGACUACAAAGACGGUGACCUGCGCAUCAUUCCAGAUUCCAACUACUAUUUCCCUACAGCAGAACGGGAGCCUGGAGAAGUGGUCGACAGCCUCGUGGGCAAGCAAGUGGAACACGCCAAAGAUGACGGGUCCAAGAGAACCGGCAUAUUUAUCCAUCAAGUGGUGGCCAAGCCAUCCGUCUACUUCAUUAAGUUUGAUGAUGAUAUUCACAUUUAUGUCUAUGGCUUGGUGAAAACCCCCUAAAUUCAUUGUGCUCUUUACAAAAGUCAUGGAACUAUUAAAUGUAAAACGUCAUGUUCUUGUAAUUGUGAAUUUUUGGAACAGAAUGGUGUCAGAGGUUCAGGAAUUUAUUAUUACUUUUUACUUAUUGUGCCUCCAAAUCUUACAACGACUAGUCCCACAGUUUUGUCCCAAAUGUAUACUGGUACUUUUGAUAUGGCUUUGUUCUAUAAUUGAAUAUUUAAUUUGGGUGUUAAUAGAAAACUGAAAAGUAUUCAUUACCAUUGGAACAAUGAAAAACUAAAGAAAAAUCAGUGGUGUAACUCCACACCAGAUCCUUUCUCCCAUUUUAUUAUUUCCCCUUUCUUCUUUCCAGGUAACAAGUGUUAAGAACAUGAUGUAUAACCUUACACGUUUUCCCCAUCCACUUACAGAAAGUUUGUUGUAGUCUCUUCUGUAAAAAUGAAAAGCCACAUCAUUUCUCUGUAAUUGCUUUUCACAUUUGGAAUAUCCAUGAUAUCUGUUCUAAUCAGUAGCUGCAGUCUCUCUAUCUCUCUAUCUCUUUCUCCCUCUCCCCCCUCUUGUCCUCUCCC